AAGUAAGCACGCCACUUAGUGGUUUCCCUUAGAAAAUUUCCUUUGUAUACGUGAUACGGUUGUAGCAAGCACUUGCAUCGCAUAUUCUUUCCCUUGGAAAAAUGCAAUCCAAGGAAGAGACAAGAAACAUGAGUUCUUUGGGCACAAUCCACAAGCCUCAUGCUGUGUGCGUACCGCACCCAACACAAGGCCACAUAAACCCAAUGCUAAAACUAGCAAAGCUCCUUCACUUCAAAGGCUUUCACAUAACCUUUGUCAACACUGAGUACACCCACAAACGCCUUCUCAAAUCAAGAGGUCCAGAUUCCAUCAAGGGUCUCCCUUCAUUUCGCUUUGAGACCAUCCCUGAUGGUCUACCAGAGCCUCUUGUGGAUGCCACACAGCACAUACCUUCCCUGUGUGACUCCACUAGAAGAACUUGCUUGCCUCACUUCAGGAACCUCCUCACUAAAAUCAAUGAUUCAGAUGCCCCUCCAGUGAGUUGCAUAGUUUCUGAUGGUGUCAUGAGCUUCACUCUUGAUGCUGCUGAAGAAUUGGGUGUCCCACAGUUGCUGUUUUGGACCCCUAGUGCAUGUGGGUUCAUGUGCUAUGUCCAAUUUGGACAACUCGUUGAAAAGGGCCUAGUACCCCUCAAAGACUCGAGUUGUAUCACGAAUGGUUAUUUGGAGACUACAAUCGAUUGGAUACCGGGAAUCAAGGAAAUUCGAUUGAGGGAUAUUCCCAGUUUUAUUAGGACCACAGAUGUAGAUGAUUUUAUGCUUGAGUUCCUGCAGUGGGAGUGUGGGAGGGCUAGAGGAGCUUCUGCGAUCAUUUUGAACACAUUUGAUGCCAUAGAGCAUGAUGUUUUGGAUGCGUUCUCAUCCAUUUUGCCUCCUGUUUAUUCCAUAGGUCCUUUAAAUUUACUCGUGAAGGAUAUUGAUGAUCAAGAUUUGAAUGCAAUUCAGUCCAAUCUUUGGAAGGAGGAGUUGGAGUGCGUGGAGUGGCUCGACACCAAAGAGUCUAAUAGUGUUGUUUAUGUGAAUUUUGGGAGCAUCACGGUUUUGACAAAUGAGCAAUUGAUUGAGUUUGCAUGGGGUCUUGCUGAUAGCAACAAGAGCUUUUUGUGGGUCAUAAGACCAGAUGUUGUGGGGGGUGAAAACGUUGUUCUGCCUCCCAAGUUUGUGGAACAAACCAAAAAUAGAGGUCUGUUGUCUAGUUGGUGUCCCCAAGAGCAAGUGUUGGCUCACCCCGCGAUUGGGGGUUUUUUGACGCACAGUGGUUGGAAUUCAACGUUGGAAAGUGUGUGUGGAGGUGUUCCAAUGAUAUGUUGGCCUUUCUUUGCGGAGCAACAAACCAAUUGUCGAUUCUGUUGUAAGGAAUGGGGGAUUGGAUUGGAGAUUGAAGAUGUUAAGAGGGAUAAAAUAGAGAGCCUUGUGAGGGAGUUGAUGGAUGGUGAAAAGGGUAAGGAGAUGAAGAAGAAAGCUUUGCAAUGGAAGGAAUUGGCAAAAAGUGCUGCUUCUGGCCCAAAUGGAUCUUCGUUUCUUAAUUUGGAGAAUUUGGUUCUUCUGUGCAGAAAUGCUAAAAAUUAGUAUAUCUGAGCAAUGAGUGAGAGAGGAUACAACUUUGGCAGUUUAAGAAAUAAUUGACAGAAAGCAAGAAAACUCAUCUGCUCAUGCUGCUCAAGUGAUUUGUUCUGCAACAUCUUUUACGCCUUGGUCUAGUAGAAUCCCAAUUGGUGAAGGAUUUUAUCAAUUUCUUUAGUUAUAUGCUUCUCACUAUGACAUUUGCACAUUAUUUGGUUGAUUAAUCUUCACAAAAACUCUACUUUCUCGUGAUA